GAAUUCUGGGAGCUGUAGUUUGUUGGGAGUGGUUAACCGUUAAGAUAUCCAAUUCCCUUCACAAAGCUACAAUUCCCAGUGUUUCCUGGGAAGAGGGAUGACUGAGUGUUAAAUCACUCUAGGAAUUGUAGCGGCGGAAGGGAAACAGCCUUGGCCCAGUAUACCUGAAGGAGCAUCUCCACCCCCAUCGUUCUGCCCGGACACUGAGGUCCAGCGCCGAGGGCCUUCUGGCAGUUUCCUCCCUGCGAGAAGCGAGGUUACAGGGAAUCAGGCAGAGGGCCUUCUCGGUGGUGGUGCCUGCCCUGUGGAAUGCCGUCCCAUCAGAUGUCAAGGAAAUAAAAAACUAUCUGACUUUUAGAAGACAUCUGAAGGCAGCCCUGUUUAGGGAAGUUUUUAAUGUUUGAUGUUUUAUCGUGGUUUUAAUAUUCUGUUGUAAGCCACCCAGAGUAACUGGGGAAACCCAGCCAGAUGGGCAGUAUAUAAAUAAAUUGUUGUUGUUCACUGGGGGAGGUCAUUCCUAUGGAGAGGCCAAAGGUCCCCACUCCUCUGUUAAUCCAUGCUUGUUUUUAUUAUUAUCAAUAAUAAUAGUAAUAAUGAAUUUUACAUCAGCCAACUUGCAGUAGUAGUGCUGAACCAACCCAUUUGCUGCAUUGUACGUUAUGCUUCUUUGCCACUUCAGGGGCUGCUGCUGUCGGGAGGCACGGCUUUAAAUUGCACUCCGGCCACAGGGAUGACAUUGGGGGCUGGACGGAUGCGGGUGGGCUCAGAGGCUAAAGAGGAGGCGGAGGACCAGGGCUGCGCCAGCAUCCUAGGUGAGGUUUUAAUUGUGCCAAUAUGCCUUGAUCAAAAGAGUCUGGGGCCGUGUAGUCUGGCUGUCAGGGACUGGACAUCAGAGGAGGAAUUGUGGAGAUCGUCCCCUCCCCCUUCUCCUGCACUUCCCAGAGAAGAGUGAGACUAUAGAUUUAGAACAGUGGUUUGCAGAAGGUCACAGUUCAGAGGCUGAAGAGGGGAGAAGCUGGGAAAUAUUGGGAGAGGAGCAGGAGGAAGAAGACAGGGGAGAGACAGCUGACAGACUCAGUGUCUUUGGAAAGCAUUCCUGACCUCCACUCUCCCAGGACCCGGCAUGCAUUGAGACUAGUAGAACAGAAAGCUCAAAGGCAGAAAGCACAGAUCAGCCAACGCAGGGAUGACAUAUAAUAGGAGAGACGGAAAGGGUGGGGACUUUACUACGUCUCUCUCUGCGAAUAUUGAAUAAAAUACCUUUGUAAGAGAUUUUUGCUUUUUCCAUUACUGGCAGCCUGCCAUGAGGCAGGGGGAUCGGACUCCCUGGCGCUCCGUUAUCACAACAAACACAAACCUGUGUCGCAAAAUGUUGCAUUUUUGUAGAUUGCUCUAUUAUCACAGCAGCCAGACAAACGCCGAAAUGGGAAGCCCCCCAGCAGGACCUAAAUGCAACAGCCCUCUCCACCCAUGUGAUACUAUCAUACUGCCUCUGACAGUGGAGGGGCAGCAUCUCCCACCGUAGGGUGGUAGGGGGGUGUCACGAGGGAGCCGGUAGACAGAGGGAGGGAGUCGGACUCCUGGAAUGGAUUAAAUUCGAAAACCAAGGUACAACCGUACACGGAGACCAUGGAUUGCACUCCCUCAAGCUUGAGCUGCUGCCAUGAGUGCCCACCCCUCUCCCCUAGUGCCGACCUCCUACCUCCCAGCUCCCUUCUGCUGCCUACGGUGGCUGCCAGGGAAAUAUUUCUAUCUCUGUUUGGCUUUCUGCUCUGAGACACGAAGGGAGAGUCUGGUUCUAGGAGGAGGAGGAAUCUCUACCGGGCUUUCAAGUGACAUGCUGCCAACUGGCUGUUGUACUGUUUCUACCCCUUCUGACUGUUCAGGACAACUGGAGUAUCUGCUAGCUUGCUCCUGUUCCUCAUGCUCCAAUAUCUCCCAGCUCUUUUCUUCUUCUUCUUCUGGGGGGUGCCCUGUUCACCACCACCACAAACCCAGGUCCAUGAUCUCUUCAUCUGCCUCCUGCCCAGAAGCCUCCACCACUCCUCCUCAUCUGGCCAGUUCCUGACAGGGUGGGAGCAAGGAAGGGUGAUUGUUUUGUUUUUCUCCCUGUUUUUAUUGUGUAUCUUGUACAUUUAUGUUGUAAACUUCCCUGAGAUCUCUCUCAGCUUGGUUAAAUUUUGUGUUUUACAAUUUAGAACAUUCAUUUAAAAAACCUUAAAAUGUCAAUGACUUCCCUUCUUCUCAUUCCAUGGUUCAUUUUGCAUAGCAUAAGUCCCUGAAUACUUUACAUAAACUAAACCAUUCAGUAUUCCAUUAUUACAUCCAUCAAAACUUGUUUACACUAUAGAAUUUAUCUGAAUGCUGCUGCUGUAGUCGCAUACAUGAAUAAGUUUCUAUACAGUUUUGGUAGCUCUGUCCCUUUAAUUCCCAAGAGAAAAGCUUAUGGGUCGUUGUUUUUUUACAAAUGUUAUUUUAAACAUCCUUUUCAUUUCAUUAUAUAUCGUUUCCCAGUAAGCCUUAAACUUACUACAAGACCACCACAUAUGAUAAAAAGAACCUUCUUUUUCUUUCCAUUUCCAACACUUAUUUGAUUUAAAUUUAUACAAUUUUGCCAGUUUAUUCGGUAUUAGAUACUAUCAGUAUAUCAUUUUCAUAUAAUAUUCUGUGAAACCGUAACAUGCUGUAAAUUUUAUAUCCAUAUUCCGCAAUUGUUCCCAUGCUUCCAUGUCUAUAUUAUAGACAUGCAAGAGAGGGUCUUCUUGCUUCUUGUUUCACUUGUUCCAUAUAGCAAAGAUGUCUAGCAUGAAGAAGUCCUUCCUAAAUUCCUUGACAGCACUGGUUUUUAUUAUUAUGGAGGGGGUAGGCCUUCUGUUUGUAAAACAACAACAACAUGCAUGUCCUCUUUGUCACCAAAAAUUCCUCAAACAUUGAAGUUUUUCCUUGUAGGGGAAAUGCUUCGAUUCCCUGUACUUUUCCCAGCUCUGCAAUAUACCCUUUUUGAGAUUGAGGGACCAAAACCGUAGAUGGAACUCCAAAUGCAUCUGCAGCAGAUGGAAGUUCUGAAUAUUUUGUUUCUGCAGGUGAUGGACGGGUGACUGAGAACAAGGAGGAGACGCCUCUGACAGAAAAUCCCCAUCGUUUGCAGCCUCCAAGCCAAAAAGGUGGGCCCCCUGAGAGGCAAAGGGGAAAUCCUCUGGGAGGGAGAGCUGCAGAUUCUGUCCUUUAUGCCAGAAGGAAGGAGGCGUUGGAGAAAAUCAUUCACAAAGACGAUAAACGACACAAGUAUGCCGUGUGCGGACGAGGGUUCGGUCGGCCCACGGGUCUCACCGCACAUCAGCGGAUCCACACGGGCGAGAAACCCCACAAGUGCGUGGAGUGUGGGAAAAGCUUCAGUUUGAAGUCGACCCUCGUGGCCCACGCAAGGACCCACACGGGCGAGAAGCCGUACACCUGCACGCACUGCGGGAAAAGCUUCGCCGUGAGCUCGGACCUCACUCGACACUACCGGACCCACACGGGAGAGAAACCCUACAAGUGCUCGGAGUGCGGGAAGUGCUUCCGGCAGAGCUCCUCGUUCAGCAGCCACCUGAGGAUCCACACGGGAGAACGGCCGUUCCGGUGUUCGUGCUGCGGGAAGAGUUUCGCCAUGUGCUCGGACCUCACCAAACAUUACCGGACCCACACCGGAGAGAAGCCGUACAAAUGCUCAGACUGCGGGCGCCGGUUCCGGCAACACCUCUUUCGCCAACCACUUGAAAAGCCACCGCGGAGAGCUGCCUUUCAAAUGCUCCGACUGCGGGAAGUCCUUCAGCGUGAGCACGUUCCUGAUCAGACACGAGAGAAUCCACGCGGGGGAAAAGCCGUACCGGUGUUCGGAUUGCGGGAAGAGCUUCGGGCACAACUCUCAGCUCAUUUCGCACUGGCGCAUUCACAUGGGAGAGAAGCCGUACAAGUGCCCUGA